AUGGAGUUAAUCAACUAUCUCAAAAGUUUCUUGAGGGAUGAAUCUUUCCCGAGUCAAUGCCCUAUUCGGCUUGCACAAAUCUAUGGAGAUCAACCUCCAUCGGCGAUUCUUGAAGCUUCGAAUUUGGAAGAGAAAGUUGGCUACUUUAUUGCACCGUUGAAGAGGAGGAAGAAAUCAGAUGAAAGGCAUUGUCGAACUUGUGCCAACGGGACUUGGAGAGGCCAAACUAGUGGUAAACAUAUCAAGAAUCGCAAGGGAUCUGUGAAUAUAAAAGAGAAGGAGGUGAAGGAGGUUGAGGUAACAGAACAAGAUGUUGCGAGAACUAUAGAAGCUAUGUUGUACGAACCUCAAGAUGAUUACUGCACAAAAACUCAGAAGAUGAACGAAGGGUACUGCUCCUACUACCAACAGGAGAUGAGUUGGGCUGAUGACGUGCUGAUAGAUAUUGACGACUUAAUUUGGUGA